GGCAGCCUCCCCCCGGAAGUGCGUCACAUACCGACAGUCACGUGGCUGCUCCGGUACAGCGGGAGGAGGGGGACCCGCGUUACUUCACUCGGUGUCAGCUCCUGCUUCUACCGGCUCAUCCACCACGAUUCUCCGGCCCCGGCUGCUCCUCUCACCCCGCCACAACCAUGAAGAUCUGGACCUCCGAGCACAUAUUCAACCAUCCUUGGGAGACAGUGACCAAGGCUGCUAUGCAGAAGUAUCCAAACCCCAUGAAUACCAGUGUGAUCGGCGUGGAUGUUCUGGACAGAGACAUCGACAAACAGGGACGCCUCCACAGCAAACGACUGCUCAGCACAGAGUGGGGCCUUCCAUCUAUAGUGAAAUCUAUCAUUGGCAACUCACGAACAUACACAUAUGUGCAGGAACACUCGGUUGUGGAUCCCAAAGAGAAAAGUUUUGAACUUAAGUCCACAAAUAUCACCUUCACAAACAUGGUUUCUGUGGAUGAGAAGUUAACAUACAAACCUCAUCCUGAGGAUUCAGAGAAAACAAUCCUGACUCAGGAGGCCAUCAUCUCUGUGAAAGGUGUCAGUCUCAGCAGUUACUUGGAGGGAGUCAUGGCCAGCACCAUCUCAGCGAAUGCUGGAAAGGGCCGUGAAGCCAUGGAGUGGGUAAUCAGGCGACUGAAUGCAGAAAUAGAGGAUUUGGCAGCCACAGCACGUGUGAUACGAACCCCAAUGGCGGCUGCCGUCACUGAGAAAUGACACCUGCCUGUUUUCUUACAGAUUCUGAGAGAAACUGCAUGCCACUACAACAGUUCUCCCUUUGUGAUGCUCUGGUGCUGUUAUGUUGCUCCGGUUACUUUUGUAUGGUUUAAUUCCUCCAUCUGGUAUAUAUUUUACUUUCUACACUAGAUAUGCGUUUAACAGCAUGCAGCAUCAUGAAGGGAUUCUGGGAAAAGUUUUUCUGGAGAUGCUGCUUGGCAGGACCGUGGUGAUGAGACACUUUGGGUGAUGCACUCAGGGAUACGUUUUAACAAUAUUUGAUCUGUGUGUGCGGAAACACGUAGCAUCUGCAGAGAUGCGUCACUGCUUUGGAUGAACUGAAAACAUGAAGUGCCAAAGGAGACACAUCGCAGCAAAUACAAGAAACGUUGCUGGCUUUGUUUCCUCCUGCCAUAAAGCCCCAGAAUGCCAGGAAGUCGUGCCAGUGGCGUGAACUCUGUAUUUACAACAACAGAGAAGAAACACAAUUGUGGUGCAAUAAACUGUUAUAGAAGUGAUGCCGAGGAAUGCUCCUGUAAAGAUGUGAUGGACGAAAACAAUGGUGUGUCGAGAGGUGUCAAGUGCAAUGCGUGUCAAGGGUUCAUGGAAUAGCUUCAGGUGUCAGAGGGAACAUCAGGUUAUAUUCAGCCAUUGACAGCGAGAUGUGGAUGAAGUGUUUUGAGGCAGGUUAAUUUGUGGCCAUCAGUUCAACAAUGUUUUCUUGCGGGACCUCAGUAAUAACAAGACACUGUACCAGGCAUUUACAAAGGCCGGAAUGUAAACUGUAUUUUGUUAUGACGUGUUUAUAUUAAUGGUAUUUAAGAGGAAUGAAGGGAUCAAGGUACUCGCCAUAUUUAUGUUUUGGAUGACUUUAUGUAGAAAACCUUCCUAAAAGCUGCCGUACAAACAAGUGUAACAGUUAAAAUAUGUUUUACUGAAGCACAUCAACAUUGUUCCUCAGUUGUAACUGAAUUCCUUCAGCCCGUCCAGUCAGUUAAAGGCUGAGACUUUUGCAGUGACUCUUAUUUGCACUUACUAAAUGAGAAUUUUUUACAAAGAGAAGCUGCUACACAUUCUGAGGGAGCUGAUCAUUUAUGAAUAUUUGGUAAUUCUGUUGUAUUUCUGUCUCCGUAUGACGUAAGGUGGAGGCUUAUGUUU